AUGGCAAGUCCACUCACAGCUGGUUUCUGCGAAUUGGUGUUCAACUCCGCAGAAGCGCCAGAAGGUGUUCAACCUACUCUUCAAGUAUUAAGUGUGAAGAAGAUCAACGCUCCUGGAGCUUCUGGACAAGACAGAUAUAGACUCAUAUUGUCCGAUGGAAAACACUUUAUUCAAGCUAUGAUUGCCACUCAGCUCAAUCAUAUGGUAGAGUCGAAAGAACUAGACAAGAAUGUUCUGAUCAAAAUGACUGGAUAUGUCACAAAUGCUGUUCAAGGAAGAAAACUGGUUAUCAUACUUCAAUUAGAAACAGUUCCAUGGAACGGAGAAAAGAUCGGUAAUCCCACUAAUCUCGAACAACAGCAAGGGGCAGGAGGGACCUCAGCACCGGCUGCAGCUGCAGCUGCACCAAAACAGGAAGUAGGAGGAUUCGCCGCUAGACAACAGUCAAGCGCUGGUAGAGGUGGUGCUGCUUCUAAACCUGGCGCAAGAGGAAAGCAAGAAGUUGGUCCUCUUUAUCCUAUAGAGGGAUUGAGUCCUUAUCAAAAUAAAUGGACUAUCAAAGCUCGUGUUACUCAGAAGUCAGAUAUUAAACAUUACUCCAAUCAACGAGGAGAAGGAAAAUUGUUCAGUGUUACAUUUAUGGAUGAGACUGGAGAAAUCAGAGCAACAGGUUUCAAUGAAGCUGUGGACAAUUUCUACAACAUGCUCGAGGAAGGAAAGGUGUUUUUCAUCUCUCGAGCACGUAUCAAUAUUGCGAAAAAGCAGUUUAGUAACGUAAAUAAUGAGUAUGAAAUCAUGUUUGAGAAUCAGACUGAGAUCGAACCUUGUGACGACGAUACUGUGCCUCAAGUGAAAUACAACUUCAAAGGAAUCGGUGACCUAGGGGAGUUGCAGAAAGACGAGAUCUGUGAUGUUAUUGGUGUAGUAAGAGAAGUUCAUGAACUUGGAUCAGUGACGUCAAAGGCUACCAACAAACCUUUUGCCAAACGAGAUAUCCAGCUUGUUGACUCUUCGGGUCAAAGUGUUAGAUUGACGUUAUGGGGUAAACAAGCCGAAACCUUCCAAGCGGAUGAUCAACCUGUCAUUGCUUUCAAGGGCGUCAAAGUCGGUGAUUUCGGUGGCAGAUCGCUAUCAAUGUUCAGCUCUGCUACGAUGUCGGUCAAUCCUGAUAUUUCUGAAGCUCAUCAAUUAAGGGGAUGGUUUGAUGCCGAAGGACAUAAUACUCAAUUCCAAGCAUAUACCAAUCAAGGCAAUGCCAACUCUACAUCUGGAGCAGCACAAGGAGCCAAACCUUCAGAAUUAAAAACAAUCGGAGAAGCUAAAGAUGAAUCGUUGGGAAUGUCUGAGAAAACAGAUUAUUUCACUACUUCGGCAACAGUAGCUUUCGUCAAGCAAGAGACUUUCAGUUAUCCAGCUUGUGCCAAUCCUGAAGGCUGUAAUAAAAAGGUGGUAGAUGAUGGUACUGGUUGGUUAUGUGAGAAAUGUGAUAGGAAAUGGGAUAACCCAAUUCAUCGAUACAUUCUUUCGAUGAACGUGAUGGACCACACGGGAUCGUUCUGGAUCACCGCAUUCAAUGAACAAGCUGAACAGAUCAUGGAGAUCAGUGCAAACGAUUUGAUGAAAUUGAAAGAGGAAGGAAGUGAUAUCAACGCACCUUUCCAAAAAGCUACUGGUAAAACAUAUGCUUUCCAGAUGAUGGCUAAGCAAGAUUCCUUCAACGAUCAACCAAAAGUACGAUACCAGUGUAGAAGGGUCUCUGCACCUGAUUAUGUAUCCGAGAGUGCUCAUUUGAGUCAAUUGAUCAAUCAAAUGAAUGUAUAG